AUGAAUGUCCCUGCAUCAGGUGUAGCAGCUGCUAUCAUGUUCACUCCAACAAACAUCAUCACAGUGUCUGAGAAUCAGCUGCAUGUUGCCUUUGAUGGUGACGCUGUCCUCUUCUCUAAUGAGUCAGAGCUCGUGUUCAAGAGUGGUGGACUACAAGGAUACUUGGAGAAUGAGAAGCAAAAUGUUGAAAAUACAAUGAACGAGGGACCAUUCAAAGGAUUCUUAGACGUUUUAAUAAAACUGCAGAAAAAGUUGCAUAAUAAAGGCCUGUACAAGAAGUGUCCCAUUCGUACCUACCUGGUGACAUCUCGAGGGGCAGGCUGUGACGGCUACAGAGCUUUAAACACUCUGCACCGGUGGGGUCUGGAGCUUGAUGAAGCUGUGUUUGUGGGAGGGGCUGACAAAGGUCCUAGCCUGCAGAGGAUCAAACCUCACAUCUUCUUUGAUGACCAGCAGAGACAUGUUGAUGCUGCACUGGAGGUCGGCACAGUGGCAUGUCUGGUGCUCUCACCAAACUAAUAAUAAAUAGCAAUCUGUUGAUUGGAUUUUAUA